AAGUAUCAAAGCAAAACAUGACAAACAUUCUUCAGUUUCCUCUUCAUAUCUCUCUCUUUCUCCAUUAUCAUCUCUCAGUUUGUGUAAAUAAACCAAAAAAACCCGAAGAAUAUAGAAUGGCAGCCAACAAAUUUGCAACCAUGCUGCAGAAAAACACCCACAAAUUUACUGUAAUUCUAGUGUAUGCACUUCUCGAAUGGAUUCUAAUCAUUCUCCUUCUCUUAAACUCUUUUUUCACUUACCUUAUUACCAAGUUCGCCAACUACUUUGGCCUUAAACCACCUUGUCUUUGGUGUUCAAGAGUUGAUCAUGUCUUGGAAUCCAAGAACAACAAUUCUUACAGAGAUCUUAUAUGUGAAACUCAUGCAACAGAGAUUUCCAAGCUUGGUUACUGCUCAAAACAUCGAAGAUUGGCUGAUUAUACGCACAGUAUGUGCACUGAUUGUUCGGUUUCUCGGCCUAAUGAUCAUACGAAUACCAAUAAUGAGUGUGUUCCGAUUACGGCUUUUCUUUCUUGGAUUAGUAGCAGGGAAACACUUGAAAGUGGUGACGAGAUUGUUAGAUGUUCUUGCUGCAAUGAGAACUUGAACAACAGCAGCGAUCUUUAUCCGCCGUUUUUGUUGUUAAAGCCUUCCUGGAAAACUUUGAAGUAUACCCAGAAAGGUUUGGUCAUAGAAGCAAUAGAUGAUGAUGAUGAUCGGAAUGGAAACGAUGAUGAUCUAUGUAAAGAUGAUAAACUAGGACACUACAAUGAACGAGAAGAAUUUCAAAUGCUUUCUGAUGUUGGAAGUUUUGGUCUUAAAGAUUCGAUAGAGGAAGAGUGUUCGGGGUCUGAAUCGAAUUUGCGUUGCGAGGAAAAGGACGGGAAUGCAGAUCCGAAAACAGAUAUUACUUACAUUAUAGAAGAAGAUUUUUAUAGUAUGGAUUUCCGUCCUCGAUCUUUUGAUGAAGAUAUCGUGCAGCAGCGUUGUCUCGGUGAAGAAGAUAGAUCAUUUGAGAUCAUCAAGCUGAAGUCUGACAGCAGUAAUCUUGAGUGUGAAUUGGAUCGAUUAAUUCCGGUCGAAUUGAUAGAUUCGUCAACUUUUGCAAAUCACGGAUCAUUCGUUUCAUCAAAAGAAGAAGAUCUGGGAAAUAUAGAUGAUCAUCAAGAUGAAACUUUUGAAUUACAGAUUGAAAGAGAAGAUACUGUGUCAGAAAAUCAAGAAAAUACAAGUUUUGCAGAAGUUGAAAACAUGAAUGAUGGUGUGAAAUCUUCAGCUAUAAAUGUGGAGGAAAUGAUUAGAGAUUUAGUCGGUGAGGCCUGCGAACAAGUUAUUUCUCUGAAAGCUGCGCAAUCUAUUAUCGCUUCAGUCAACAAUGUUGAAGUAGCAGACACAGAAGAAACAGAUGUGAUUGAAGCAGUUCAUCAGGCAGGAAUUAAUGACUUCGUAUUGUCCGUUGAUCAGACAAAAUCCAAAUCCUACAUAGAACUGUCUGAUCGUGAAACCAGCCAACCUCAAGAACAAGAACCUCCACGAGGAGAUGAUGCAGAAACUCGUAUUGCUCAAGAAACGCACAUGGUUUGUGAUGAUAAUGGUUUACAAGAAAAAGAAAAGACUUCAAUGGAAGAAACAAUGAUCUCAGCUGAUAAGUAUCAGGAGAUAAUAACCCAAGAUUCAUCUACGCGAUCAGAAUCCAAUGAUGCGGAUGAAGAGAAGUUCCCCGAGACACCAACAUCUGUUGACAGUCUUAACUACUUGCAUAAGAAAUUGCUUCUAUUUGAGAAAAGAGAAUCAGGAACAGAAGAGUCAUUAGAUGGAAGCGUGAUAAGCGAGACUGAUAGUGCAGAUCCAGUUCAAACUGUUGAAAAGCUGAAAACGGCUCUUAAAGCUGAACGGAAGUCUUUGAAUAUUUUAUAUUCGGAACUGGAGGAAGAGAGAAGCGCUUCUGCAAUAGCCGCAAACCAGACUAUGGCCAUGAUAAACCGGCUCCAAGAAGAGAAAGCAGCAAUGCAGAUGGAAGCAUUGCAGUACCAAAGGAUGAUGGAUGAACAAUCUGAAUAUGAUCAAGAAGCUUUGCAGCUUCUUAAUGAAUUGAUGAUGAAGCGAGAACGAGAGAAGCAUGAGCUUGAGAAAGAAUUGGAAGUAUAUCGUAAGAAAGUUUUGGAUUACGAAACCAAAGAGAAAAUAAGAGUGUUGCGAAGAAGUAAAGACGGCAGUGUAAAGAGUAGAAACUCGUCUGCUACUUGCAGCAAUGCGGAGGACGUUGAUGAGCUAUCUAUUGACCUUAACCGCGAAGAAAGAGAUGAAGGCAGUAACUAUAAUAAUACUCUUGGUGUUGAAGGUAUAAAUUUAGAGGAAAUAGCACUAGAUUGUGUAAACCAAAUAAGUUCGCUUGAUGACUCGUUGGCCGAAUUCGAGGAAGAGAGGUUGUCUAUUCUAGAUCAACUUAAGGCAUUGGAGGAAAGACUAAUUUCUUUGAAUGAAAAUGAGCAGAUUGAGGACAAAAACUCAGUGGGUAGUUCCUCAAAGUAUAGUGAAAAGGGAUAUGAUGAAAGCUACGAAUUGAGUACUCCGGAAGAAAACGGGACUUCACAGGAGUUGGCGAAAGAUAAACAUUAUACACAUAGGAAAACCAUGAGUUCAAUGGCAAAAAACCUCCUUCCUCUUCUGGAUGCUGCUGAUAAUGAAACUGAAGAAGGGUUAAGAUUUGAAGAAAAUGCAGCAUCGGAAUUUGUUGAAAUGGAAAACUCUUUCCUUUCCAAUUUAGAAUCAGACAUCAAGAAACUAGCCCUUGAAGAGGAAGUCGAUCAUGUGUACGAAAGACUACAAGCUCUUGAAGCAGAUAGGGAUUUCCUAAAGCAUUGUGUGAGUUCAAUAAAUAAAGGAGAUGAAGGAAUGGAACUUCUCCAAGAGAUUUUGCAACAUCUGCGGGAUCUGCGAGCAGUCGAACUACGGGCAAGGAACAUGAACGAUGAUCCUCUGGGGUAAAGUUUACACUUAAAGAGCCAAUAUAUUGAACCUGAGAUGUGACAUUAUUUCUUUCUACCACAGCAAUUCAAGGAACAACAAAAAUGUCAAAAAUAUUGUGGAACUCCAUGUUUUCUGCAAAGUUCCAGGAAACUCUGAAGGAGGGGGCAUUCCUGGAUAAUUUUGAUUGCAUUGACAAUCAUAUGCAGACUAAAAAUCUAAUGUCAGCAUCAUGCUCUAUCAUUUGGUCUCGGCUUACUACAAGAAAAAUGUAAAGCCGAAAGUUUUGCAAUAUUUCCUCCAAGCUGCCUUUUCCAGGCAACGGAGAAAGACAAAGAGGAGUGCAUAAGUCUACCUAGUUUGAGUGUGUAGGUUAGGUUUUACUCGGAAAACAAAUUUGGUUUCCUUCUUAUUUUCUUGUUCAUUUGUUUUCCAUAGGAAAUACGGGGAAGGAGAAGAAGGGUAACUCUUCCUUCUCCAGUUUGUUCUCGUGUCCCGUAUAUCAUAUGGGUUGCAGUAAUGUGUCAAUAUUUGUAAGCAUCAAAAUUUCUGCUUGCUUUUACACUAGUAACAAACUUGUGAAUUCAAAAGCUUUGUUUGCAUACUUGAUUAGCAGAAAUUGUAAACAUGUUCUGCACUUUGCAUGAA